AUUAUACUGCUUACACGUCCAGCGUUAGCGAAAGAGUUCCUGGUAGAAACGCGCAAUGUUCCCGCCAUCAGAAAAGGCAAAGUUGCCAUCAUCCACGUUGAGCCCACGGACAUGCUGACCUAUGAUAUUCUCCGACUCUGGCGAAAUGAACUGGAAAGUGGAGUAGACCUGGGAGCGGCCGGGCAGAGUCUGAUCAUCAUGACAAUUCUGCCAACGAGAACUAUGUACCAGUCCAACUCCUCCAUUUAUACGAACGUAAGUGGAGCGCACCUUUUUGAAACAUUCUACUGGAAAGUUUGCAGGUUUCUGCAAUGUCCAUAUUCCCCUGGAAAGUGA